UCCGAACCAUCCCAGUUCCCCACCCCGACCCCGGCCUACUACAAACGGCAAACUGGCACGGCAGCCGCAGGCCGCAGCGAGCCAGCGAUCGAUCCACCACCACCUGCAGCGCGAGCGCGGCGCCAAGGCACCACCCACCACCGCACCGCGGGGAUCCGAGGGAGGGAGGGAGCGGCGCGCGCCAGCUGGUCGUGACGGACGGAGAUGAGGGGCGGAUCCAGACCGACCCCGGCCGCCCUGUUCCUCGUCGCUGCCGCAGGGAUCUGCGCCCAGUUCGCCACAGUGCUAGCUGGUGAUCCUCAAACACCCAAGGAUGAUAAGAAAGCUGAAGCUCAGUCGAAAGGUCAUACUGGACAAACAGUUUUGUUUGUCCUCCUAGGAAUAGGCGCUGCCAUUCUGUUGUCAUUUUUCGUUUUCAAGUAUUGGCAGAAGAAGAAAAGGGAGGAACAACAUGCACGUCUGCUAAAGCUUUUCGAAGAGGAUGAUGACAUUGAGGUUGAACUUGGUCUUAGAGAUUGAUAAUCUUCGAUGUACAUCAAGAGUAUCUUGGCUGAUAAGGUUUUGCUGGCUGGCCUUCAAAGCAUUUACAUGUUAAUGUAAAGAAUUUGUUGUAUUUAAACUUGACAGACCCCCCGAUUGAAAGGUCUACUGUACUUCAGCUUUAUAUGGUGAACAUCUUGGCGUGCAGGAUGCAUGAGAAUAGCUUUGAGGAGGAAGUAUCAAGAUUUGGAUAAAAUUCUUUGAUUUUAAAGUUGUCUGAAUAUAUAUACGCCUCUACUAAAGAAAUUCUUUUAGUGUGAUGGCCUCCUCUCUGUAUUGCAUAAAUGCAAUGUUUAGGGUCUACGAGGCUUAAAUUUGGAAUUAGUUUCUGUUUGCUGAUGAUGUUCUUGUGUUAAGUCGAUGUCCUACUUUCUGAGGGUUCCAUAAGUGCAGUGAGCCCAAGAUUCUAAUUCGUGAUGCAGCA